GGGAGGCCGAUCGAGAACCGUCGACCCUUCGGGAAGAGGAGCGGGAGGACGCGCCGCGGGACUGCGGGGUCCGCGUGGGAGAGGACUGGCGGGGCCGCGGGCCAUGGACGCGGCGGGGGCGAGCCGGGGUGGCGGCGCGGCGCAGAGCCCGCCGGCGGCCAGCUGAAGCCGGGCACAGCGGGGCUUCGGGCGCCGCCGCCGCUGCUGCUGCUGCUGCGGUCGCUGCUGCCGCCGGGUGAGGAGGCGGCGGCGGCGGGCGAGCGGCGGCCGUCCGGGAGCACGAGGGGUCGCCGCGCUCCCGUCGUCGCUGCAUUUCCUGCUCGGAUUAUCUUUGGCUCUUCCCCACCCCACCACCGAGCCCGCCUCCUCGCCCUCACUCUCCCCGGUCGGAGCUGCCCUCGGCCCCCCGGCCCGUCCGCCCCUGCCGGGCACCCUCGGUGCCUCCCCUCCCGGACUGCGGGUGAGCUCCGCCGAGAACAUGAGGAAAUUCAACAUCAGGAAGGUGCUGGACGGCCUCACGGCCGGCUCCUCUUCGUCCUGGCAGCAGCAGCAGCAGCAACAGCACCCGCCCGGGAACCGGGAGCCCGAAAUCCAGGAAACGCUCCAGUCCGAGCACUUUCAGCUCUGCAAGACUGUGCGCCAUGGAUUUCCCUAUCAGCCCUCAGCCCUGGCCUUUGAUCCCGUGCAGAAGAUCCUGGCAGUGGGGACGCAGACCGGUGCUUUAAGGCUCUUUGGUCGUCCAGGAGUGGAAUGUUAUUGCCAGCAUGACAGUGGGGCUGCAGUAAUCCAACUUCAGUUCCUGAUUAAUGAGGGAGCUCUCGUGAGCGCCCUGGCUGAUGACACGUUACAUUUGUGGAAUUUGCGACAGAAGAGGCCCGCCAUACUGCAUUCGCUGAAGUUUUGCAGAGAACGGGUUACAUUUUGCCAUCUCCCUUUCCAGAGUAAGUGGCUCUAUGUGGGCACUGAAAGAGGUAACAUACACAUUGUCAAUGUGGAGUCCUUCACGCUCUCAGGCUACGUCAUCAUGUGGAAUAAAGCCAUUGAACUGUCCUCCAAGUCUCAUCCAGGACCUGUUGUCCAUAUCAGUGACAAUCCAAUGGAUGAAGGAAAGCUGCUAAUUGGCUUUGAAUCUGGAACAGUAGUCUUAUGGGACCUUAAAUCAAAGAAAGCCGACUACAGAUACACAUAUGAUGAGGCUAUACACUCUGUUGCUUGGCAUCAUGAAGGAAAACAAUUUAUUUGCAGUCAUUCAGAUGGCACCUUGACCAUUUGGAAUGUGAGGUCCCCCACCAAGCCCAUGCAGACAAUCACUCCCCAUGGAAAACAGUUAAAGGAUGGGAAGAAGCCAGAGCCAUGCAAACCUAUCCUCAAGGUGGAAUUCAAAACGACUAGAUCUGGGGAGCCUUUCAUUAUUUUAUCAGGAGGUUUGUCAUAUGAUACUGUGGGAAGAAGACCUUGCUUAACAGUGAUGCAUGGGAAAAGCACUGCUGUGCUAGAAAUGGACUAUUCGAUCGUUGAUUUUCUAACACUGUGUGAAACGCCGUACCCAAAUGAUUUUCAGGAACCAUAUGCGGUGGUUGUUCUUUUAGAAAAGGAUUUAGUACUAAUAGACCUUGCACAAAAUGGCUAUCCGAUAUUUGAAAACCCCUACCCUUUGAAUAUACAUGAAUCCCCGGUUACGUGUUGUGAAUAUUUUGCUGAUUGUCCCGUGGACCUUAUUCCUGCACUUUAUUCUGUUGGAGCACGACAGAAGCGUCAAGGUUACAGCAAAAAGGAAUGGCCCAUCAAUGGAGGUAAUUGGGGCUUGGGUGCUCAUAGUUACCCAGAAAUAAUUAUUACAGGACAUGCUGAUGGAUCGGUUAAGUUCUGGGAUGCUUCUGCAAUAACUUUACAAGUAUUAUAUAAGCUGAAGACAUCUAAAGUAUUUGAAAAGUCAAGAAAUAAAGAUGACAGGCCAAACACAGACAUUGUAGAUGAAGACCCAUAUGCCAUUCAGAUCAUUUCCUGGUGUCCAGAAAGUAGAAUGCUAUGCAUAGCUGGAGUUUCGGCUCAUGUCAUCAUAUAUAGAUUUAGCAAGCAGGAAGUGAUUACAGAGGUCAUUCCGAUGCUUGAAAUCCGAUUGUUGUAUGAGAUAAAUGAUGUGGACUCUCCUGAGGUUGAGCAGCCUCCUCCUUUGUCAACACCUGUGGGAAGUUCCAAUUCUCAGCCCAUUCCCCCUCAGUCUCAUCCCUCUACCAGUAGCAGUUCAUCUGAUGGGCUUCGUGAUAAUGUACCUUGUUUAAAAGUUAAAAACUCACCACUGAAGCAGUCUCCAGGUUACCAGAUGGAGCUGGUUAUUCAGUUGGUGUGGGUGGGUGGAGAACCACCACAACAAAUAACCAGCUUGGCAGUCAAUUCUUCCUAUGGACUUGUGGUUUUUGGUAAUUGUAAUGGCAUCGCUCUGGUGGACUACCUCCAGAAGGCAGUGCUGCUUAAUCUGGGCACCAUUGAGUUAUAUGGUUCUAACGAUCCUUACCGCCGAGAACCCCGAUCUCCUCGCAAAUCUCGACAACCAUCUGGAGCAGGUCUGUGUGAUAUUAAUGAAGGGACAGCAGUCCCAGAAGAUCGCUGCAAAUCUCCAACUUCUGGUUCUUCGUCACCAUACAAUUCAGAUGAUGAACAAAAAAUGAAUAAUUUUAUAGAAAAGGUGAAGACCAAAAGCAGAAAGUUUUCCAAGAUGGUAGCCAGUGACAUAGCAAAGAUGUCAAGGAAGUUAAGCUUGCCUACUGACCUAAAGCCUGAUAUAGAUGUAAAAGAUAAUUCCUUCAGCCGAUCGCGGAGUUCAAGUGUAACCAGUAUUGAAAAAGAAUCCAGAGAAGCUAUCUCGGCUCUUCAUUUCUGUGAAACUUUCACUCGCAAGGCUGACUCCUCCCCGUGCCCGUGUCUCUGGGUUGGAACAACACUGGGGACGGUGCUGGUGAUUGCACUGAACCUUCCCCCGGGGGGAGAGCAGAGACUUCUCCAGCCAGUGAUCGUGUCUCCAAGUGGUACUAUAUUGAGACUAAAAGGUGCAAUUUUGAGAAUGGCAUUUUUGGAUACAACUGGUUGCUUAAUGCCACCUGCAUAUGAACCCUGGAAAGAACACAAUGUUCCUGAAGAAAAGGAUGAAAAGGAGAAAUUGAAAAAAAGGCGGCCUGUCUCAGUAUCACCUUCUUCCUCUCAGGAAAUUAGUGAAAACCAGUAUGCAGUGAUAUGCUCUGAGAAGCAAGCAAAAGUCAUCUCACUGCCAACCCAGAACUGUGCUUACAAGCAAAACAUAACAGAAACCUCCUUUGUGCUUCGUGGAGAUAUUGUAACACUGAGCAACAGCAUCUGCCUGGCAUGUUUCUGUGCCAAUGGGCACAUUAUGGCUUUUAGUUUGCCGAGUUUAAGGCCACUAUUGGAUGUGUAUUACUUGCCUCUUACCAACAUGCGGAUAGCCAGAACAUUCUGCUUCACCAACAACGGACAAGCGUUAUAUCUUGUUUCACCUACAGAAAUUCAGAGGCUGACUUAUAGUCAGGAGACCUGUGAAAACCUUCAGGAAAUGUUGGGGGAACUCUUCACUCCUGUAGAAACUCCUGAAGCGCCCAACAGGGGGUUCUUUAAAGGCUUAUUUGGAGGCGGUGCACAGUCUCUUGAUAGAGAAGAACUAUUUGGAGAGUCGUCCUCAGGGAAGGCAUCCAGGAGUCUGGCCCAGCACAUCCCCGGCCCUGGAGGAAUCGAAGGUGUGAAAGGGGCUGCGUCUGGAGUUGUCGGGGAGUUGGCACGAGCCAGGUUGGCACUAGACGAGAGAGGACAAAAGCUCGGUGACUUAGAAGAAAGAACUGCAGCCAUGUUGUCGAGUGCAGAUUCAUUUUCUAAACAUGCUCACGAGAUGAUGUUGAAAUACAAAGAUAAGAAGUGGUACCAGUUCUGACAACCAGAAUCCAAUACGUUCAACAUCAGCCAGAAGAAAAAUGUUUUGCUUUUUUUACUCCAUCGAUUUCUGUAGGGAAGCUGGUCACUGAACACUGUUCUUUCCUAGCACAAUCAUGCACUGUUUUACCUCAGUCACGUGGCUUGAACUGAGGGAGGGUCACACACUCGGACAGGAGCGCGCAGUGUGUGUCCGACAGGAGCUGACAUGCGGGAGACAUGGCAGGGACUAUUCCUAGAUCAUUCCUGUACUACACUUUCAUAUGCCAAAAGAUGUCAUGCCAUUGUAUCUGGCAUCGGUGUUUGAACUGUUUGAGGGAAAGGCCGUAAGUGGCACAUCCUGAGGCUGAA